UCUCUUAUUUUCCUCCCCAUCACCACACAUAUGAGAAAUCGCUCGUGGGGGCCCUGCCUAUUGAUCUCUAAACAUCUGGAACACCUCAUAUUUGUUUUACAAGGCAGAGGCGAACAGUCUGUGCCCGAGAUAGAGGAGUGAGACAGCAGCAGCAGCAGCAGCACCAGGACGGACCACUUGACACCUUGCUUCACGACAUCGAUAUGCAGUAGUGUGAUACCAGCUCUGCGGAGACGGGAAGGCCAGUCCAUGGCAUCUUGAUAUUAAAACCGUGGGCUCUGCGCAUUCCUAACCGACGGCGUAGUCUUUUUCUUUUUUAUCCUGCGGAGUCGAAAGGAUUAACUUGGCCAGAUAAAAAGCAGCGAGGGAGGAAAUCUUAACAAUAAUUCAAUUUGAGCAGAUUCUGUUUGGGGGAUUCGGGGGAUAUCAUUGGACCUGCGAUGGACUCCAGCGCGGGGGAAUAUGGCAUGGCUCGUCUUGGAUUGUUUUUGGUUUUGAUGGGGCUGUGGAGAUUUAGCGAUGCUUGCCCCGCAUCCUGCACUUGCAGCAUCUCAAGGAUUGUUUGUAUUGAUUCCGUACCGGGGAUCGAGGAUUUCCCUGUCCUCACGUUAGAUGACAUGGAAAACAUCACCGAGAUAUACAUUACCAAUCAGAACAGACUGUUUGACAUCAACGACAACAGUCUGAGGCACUACAUAAACCUCAGAAACCUAACAGUGAUGAGGACAAGAUUGACGUCUAUAUCAGCAGAUGCGUUUUUCAACAACACAAGACUCCAAUAUGUAAAUCUCAGAGACAACAACCUAUCAACACUGUCUUGGAGAACAUUUCAGAACUUUAACUCAACUUUGCCGCUCCUGCUGUCCGGUAACCCUCUGGAUUGUGUUUGCGAGAACAUGUGGAUCAAACUGAGGCUCCUAGAAGAUCCAGACAGUCAAGACCUGAAGUGCAUAGACGAAAGAGAAGUGCCGAAGUCUUUUGCCACGCUCACUCCACCAGACUGUGUGGUUCCCAGUGUAGAGGUCACACCAAACACUGUGACGGCGAUGAAGGGGAGUAAUGCCAAAGCUGUGUGCAAAGCCUCGGGCUCGCCUCCUCCUGAGAUUGUGUGGAACUUGGAUUGGCUCGCUACCCCGCACAAGAUUGAGCCCUCUGAUACGGAGAGCAGCCUCACCUUGUCAGAGCUGUCUUCUGACGAUAAUGGCAAGGUGAUCAUAUGCAGCGCUGAGAACAUGGUCGGUCAGACGGAGGCCACCCUGCAGCUCAAUAUUCUCUUUGGCCCCACAGUCCAGCAGCUGCUGGGGCCAGAGCGGGACCACCACUGGUGCAUCCCCUUCAGCGUGACGGGGAACCCCAAGCCCGACCUGCAGUGGUACCUCGGGAACGUGGCUCUCCAGGAGCAGGACUACAUCCACACCAGGAUCCACGUGUCCACCGAGAGCGAGUACCACGGCUGCCUGCAGCUGGUCAACCCCACGCACAUCCACAACGGCGAGUACAGGCUGGUGGCGAAGAAUAAAUAUGGAGAGGACGAGAAGAAGGUCACCGCCCUGUUCCUCGACCCGCCUGACAUUGACCAUACAGCAGAAGACUACUACUACACCACUGACCCUCCGCUCCCUCCGCUGGACGACAGUGUCGCGGUGUAUGUCGUCGUGGGAAUCGCAGGAGUUGCUUUGACUGGCUGCGUUCUGAUGGUGAUCAUCCUGAAAUAUGGAAGAAACUCCAAGUUUGGUAUUAAAGGCUCCUCCUCAGUCAUCAGUAAUGACGAUGACUCUGCCAGCCCUCUUCAUCAUGUCUCCAAUGGCAACAACACCCCGUCGUCCUCGGAGAUGGGUCCAGACGCAGUGAUCAUUGGGAUGACAAAGAUCCCUGUCAUUGAGAACCCACAGUACUUCCGUAACUCGGGCAGCAUGCUGAAAUCUGACACGUUUGUCCAGCACAUCAAGAGACACAACAUUGUGCUGAAGCGGGAGCUGGGAGAGGGAGCCUUUGGGAAGGUGUUUCUCGCCGAGUGCUACAACCUCACACCAGACCAGGAGAAACUCCAUGUGGCAGUCAAGACUCUGAAAGAGGCCAACGAGAGCGGCCGAGCGGACUUCUACAGAGAGGCAGAGCUCCUCACCAACCUGCAACAUGAACACAUUGUCACUUUCUAUGGGGUGUGUGUGGAGAGCGACCCGCUCAUCAUGGUGUUUGAAUACAUGAAACAUGGUGACCUAAACAAGUUUCUCAGGUCCCACGGUCCUGAUGCAGUGCUAAUGGCAGACGGUCAACACAGUAUCCUGGUGGAGCUCACCCAGUCCCAGAUGCUGCACAUUGCCCAACAGAUUGCUGCUGGCAUGGUCUACCUGGCCUCCCAACACUUUGUCCACAGAGACUUGGCAACCAGGAACUGCUUGGUAGGAGAAAACCUGCUGGUCAAGAUAGGAGACUUUGGCAUGUCCAGAGACGUUUACAGCACAGACUACUACAGAGUGGGCGGUCAUACGAUGCUGCCAAUCCGCUGGAUGCCCCCAGAGAGCAUCAUGUACCGGCGGUUCACCACAGAGAGUGAUGUGUGGAGCCUCGGUGUGGUGCUGUGGGAGAUCUUCACCUAUGGCAAGCAGCCCUGGUACCAGCUCUCCAACAAUGAGGUGAUCGAGUGCAUCACCCAGGGCCGCGUGCUGCAGCGGCCCCGCACCUGUCCUAAAGAGGUGUACGACCUGAUGCUGGGCUGCUGGCAGAGAGAGCCCUACAUGAGGCUGAACAUCAAGGAGAUCCACAGCAUGCUCCAGAGCCUCGCCAAGGCCUCGCCCGUGUACCUGGACAUACUGGGCUGAUGCACCCCGUGUUCUUGUAUGUACUCUUGCGUGCAUGUGUGUGAGCUGGGGGCUUCGUACGUGGACAAGCGGCUGCGUGUUUGUUUGCACAUGAUGAGACGGAGAGCGGAGGAGGAAAUGAAGGCUGUGCGACUGUGUGAGUGCGUCUGUGUACAGUACCUGGCUGUAAAUGUUCCUGUAAAUGCUAUCGUCCGUGUCCUCAUCGUCACAUCGAGAAAAGCCUUAAAUUUGAGUGAUUUUUUCUUUUUUCUUUCUUAUCCAUUUGUUACUGAGGCAUGUUUCACAAAUGGAAACCAAAAUGCAUACAGGAUCAUGUAACUUUAUGUGAGAGGCAUAAAAAUAAAUAAAACCCAAUGAUCAGAAACACUGAUCAUUGGGUUACUCUGUCUCAGCUCAUUGCAUUAAAUAACCUCCUGUGUUCCACAUCUGCUGGGAGUGAAAGGGAAAAUAAUGUGUCUCCAUAAUGGACAGUGUAUGGACACAACUUUGUAGAUAGAGCUUCUUUCAAAACACAGCAACAUAUUCUGCAGGAAGAUAAAAAGAAUACUCAUCGAAUUACAGCUGAAUCUUUUUCUUUUAUAUGUCACAGACUAUUUUAAUAUUUGUAGAGUUUAUAAAUGUUGACUCUGUUGAUUUCAUUUGCUUGUUUUAAUUUUAAACAUAUGUGUGGAUUGUCACAUGCGUACGUUUAAAAGCAGUGUGAAGCCCAUAUAGAUUCUCAUAGAUGCCUGUGUCUGUCAUAUAUAACCUACUCAAGUCCGCUGAAGGACUUCCCGAUGUGAAAUCAAUGUCGAGGUUGUAAAACACAAGGGCAUACAGCGUUUUACACUGUUUCUUUUGUCAUGUUUUAUGUAAAUAUCUACACACGAGGUCAUCUAUAUUUACAAAGUGGUGUUUAAAGCGUUGCUGGAGUGCUCGGCUCAUUUCACAACCUUUUCAUUUGAUGUAUCUAAAGCACAGAGAACGAGGACUCGGCGGUGUUGAGCUCCAAAAAAAGAAAAGGAAAAAAAAAGAUGAGCACAGUUUUGUUUUGUUUUUUUUUCAUUCACCAGCAAAAUGCCAUUUAGCAAAUCUUUGUUGUUCGGUGGCCCAUAUCUGUAAGUAAUGUGGUUUUGUAUGCAUCUUCAGAGGCAGAUGUUGCUGUUGAUGAGAUUGUGUUAGAGAAGAUCUGAUUUAUUUAUUUUUUUGUAAUUUCUAAGAGGGAUUGACGGGGCAUUCUGAUGCAGUUUACCGUUUCAAUAUAUUGAGGAUUUAUUUGUUUUCAGCUCUUUAUUUUUUGUACGUAUUGAAGUUGCUACUUGUUUGUCAUUUACAGGAGCGUACUUUGAGGAUGUAAUCUUUAAUUCUACGUUGUAGGCUAAAAGGCCGCAGCAAACGGAUUAAUUAAGAGUCUGAUUGCCCUUAAAGUGUCCCAGGGGGUGCUUUCAUCUCUCUGAGCGGCCCCAGUCAGCCGGGCGGCGGCGGCUAAAACAGCUCCUCACUUGGGGCACCGCUAAAGCACAUGUGUAUAGGCUGCUUGGAAAGUGCUUCUAAAAAGCAUUCUUGUAGUUUAUUUUCCAAAUGAUCUUGUUUGGAGAUUCAAAAAAGGCUGAAAAUAUUAAAGCAAGCGUGUCCGAGUGUGUAGUCUGAACUUCUGUAUUAAUCUUUGCAAAAACAGCAGAAAUGACUCUUUCAUAAUAACCACAGUGUAUUUCCAUAUGGAGGCAUAACGCAGUCAGGCUCUUUGCUGAGACAAUAAGUUACGUUAAGUGCACUUUGUAGCGUUACUUAACCCCCGAAUGCACAACCUGAGCGGCUGACCACUCUCCGCCUUGACCUCAACUGCACUUAAUAACAAAAAAAAAACAAAAAA